GGAAAGAUUGCCAGUACAGCCACCAAGUUAUGCACAAGCCCGCUCUUGUGGUGAUCUUCAUUCUCAUGUAUAGUGUACCGUUACUCGCAUGGCCAAAGUUUAUAGACGGUUUCUUUAGAAGAGGGAAGUUGGUUACUACUCCCCGACCCGGCCCUCGCCAUAGAAACUACAGUGUUCACAUUCCAAGAUGCGAUGGCGGGAAAUAUGGAACCUGUAUUUAUCCACUGAUGUGCAGUUGUCCCAAGCCAAAGCCUGGGGGGUACAUACGCUCGACAAUGGAGAAUUCUCCUUGGUACUACGACAAUAGAACGAAAACUUGCAACCAAACCUCAGGAGACCCCUCCGGCUGCAACAGCUUUAUUAGUAAACAACAAUGUUUGAGGCUUUGUCCAGAGGUUAAGACAAGAAACAAGGGAAGGAGGAAACAACUAACGCAGAUUUGAGCCAAUGUACCCUGGAGUCUGUGAAGUGCUUUAGUUACGCAUAAACACCAAUAACAUGGACAACAAUUCACGUUAAAUUAAUAGCUUCUUUGAGUCGGGUAAAACGUCUUUUUUGAAAUAAAAACGCAUUUCUGCAAUGUC